AUGGAAAGUCUUGGAUUGUUAGAUUUACAAAUUUCAGUACCACCACAGUAUAAAGUUGUAAGUUAUGCGGAACUCUUACGUUUUUUUUUUAUAAUCAGCAUUUCACGUUCUUUUCUUGAGGGGGUUACACCUAGAACAGCGGAUAUGCCAAGAGUGGAAGGGUUAAUCAAUCCUUUUCCGGAUGAACCUUUCCAGCAGCAAUAUGCUCAGCUCACUUGGACAAGUGUUAAUGAGCCAGGAACUCGGACGCAGCUUAUGAGAUGUGCAUUUUUGAUUUCUCAGGGAUUCAAAUCUAUUUGGACUCACCAGAUCAAUUUGAUUUCAGAUAGGGUUAAGGGUGAAUUGGAAGUGCAAAGUGUUGUGACACAAUCAGAAGACCUUACAGAUCUUUUCACAUCUAGAAGCGACAGGGAAACUUUGUUCCAGGUAAUCUAA